AUGGCCAAACGCUCACGCGACAAGCAUUAUGCAUUGGAGUCGGCAGAUUCCCCUGGCAGCCCUCAACCAGGCGCGCCCACCAUGCAAUCGUCAACUUCUCCACGAGGCAAACUUGUGCAUCUGAACGACCAAAAUGAGAACCACGGAGUAAUGCGUUGCACCUUACCGCCUCACAGAGAAGCUAUUUCAUUUUCGACUUAUGAGGAUUACGAGGUCCAUUACGCUCAAGCUCAUGUUAACCGCUGCUCAGCGUGUGGGAAAAAUUUUCCCACUGCCCAUUUUCUUACCCUGCACAUUGAGGAACACCACGAUCCACUGAUUGCAGCGCGGAGAGAGAAGGGAGAGAAGACGUUUACCUGUUUUGUUGAGGGCUGCGAUAGGAAAUGCUCAACAUUUCAGAAACGAAGAAUGCAUCUUAUCGACAAACAUCUAUUCCCCCGUGUAUACAAUUUUGCCAUCGUCAAUACUGGCAUCGAUAAACAUGACUCAAUGCUCAGAGGAGGCACGGCACCCACUCACCACAGACGAGUCUCAGUGCCAAACUUAACACAACAUGAGAGCCGUCUGAGACGGUGGAAACCAUCUCAAUCAGCCCCCAGUGAAAAUAUGGAUAGCGAUAAACACUCAUCGACUCUCAAUAACAAUAAGUUUUCCAAUGCCAACACCAGCCUCGACAGCUCCCUGAGAACGGCCCAGCUACCUAUACAUCUGAAAUCGGCAAUAGGUUCUAGAAGCACAUCUGUGCCAGCAAAAGCGGCGGCAGCAAGUACAGGAAAUCGGGAACCAAACAGCAGUGUCAACACCGACAAGGGACAUGAUGUUGCAGAGUUGGAGAAAUCAAUGUCUGCUCUGAGGUUCAUCCCUAUGAGUGUUAUUUUGAGAUUAAAUGAGAUGAAGGAGCAGUAA